AUGAAUGAAUUUAUGAAUAAUAUAGAAAAAGGAGCAUACAUGCAUAAAUAUACUGGGAUUUGGUCUCUCGGAUUGGAUUUACUACCAUCAAUUUUGCAAAAAACAUUGAAUUUUUUUGUCUAUAGAGGUUGUGCUUGUGGAAUUUAUGCUUGGGUAAAAAAAAUUUUUUAA